GCUCCCACUAGGCGCACAUCCAUGUGUGCUUACGUAAACCAAAAUGCCUUAUAUAAUCAACAAAGAUGCAUCUAACGCAGCAUUGCCCUGCGCGAAAGUCAGCGCCAAAAGUCAACACCAAAGCACUAUAAUGGCCGCCUUCCCGAGGGCUUCUUCGAGUCACGUGACGAUUUGCUCGACUCAGCUAACUCGUAUGCAAAGCCUCGAGGCUGUGCCUUUACGACUCAACGGUCUUCUCGGCGGCUGGACGGCUUUCUGAAAGUC